UCUCUGAAGAUGCGCUUGUCAACUAUCCCCCCUCUACUGUAAAGUUCAUCUUUAAAUUGAUAUAAAGUCAUUGGAAUUAUCGUAAUGUUUUGAUUUAUUUUAUAGACACAUUAACGUAUCGUACUAUCAGUGACUUGUUAGUUUUGGAGUCUGAAAGCGUGUCACCCAAUCAUGACCAAGGUAGUUAUCCCAAAGUUUAAACUCAACAAUGGCCUGGAAAUCCCAGCGUUGGGAUAUGGCACGUGGACGGGGUUGAAUGAAAAGGACGAAUUCAUUUCCGAAGACAUACCUAAACUCGUCGAUGCGAUGUCCUACGCUAUCGACGUGGGUUAUCGACAUAUCGACACCGCGCAUCUCUACAGAGUGGAACCGGAAGUUGGUUACGUCGUAAACAAGAAGAUAAAAGAGGGUGUUAUCAAAAGAGAAGAUAUUUUUGUCACUACUAAGGUGUGGAACGACCACCAUCGACCGGAAGACGUGGAACGCUCCGUCAGAGGAUCCCUGAAAAGAUUAGGUCUUGAUUAUGUGGACCUAGUGCUCAUGCAUUGGCCUAUGUCUGUAUCUAAAGACGGUGUUGAUGAAAAAAUAGACUACUUGGACACGUGGCGUGGGUUCGAAUCUGUGCUGAAGCAAGGUUUGGUCAAGUCGAUAGGUGUUUCAAACUUCAAUGUGGAACAGCUGAUUCGUCUGCUAGCCAACUGUAAUGUUCUUCCCGUUGUAAAUCAAGUUGAAAUAAAUCUAAAUCUUGGCCAGAAAGAGCUGGUGGAUUUCUGCCAGAAGAAUGGUAUCCAGGUGGUAGCGUACACACCGUUUGGUAGGAUGGUGCCCAGUAGGUUCGACCCUAACUACCCAGCGGUCAGACACGACGACCCAGUAAUGUUGGGCCUUGGCAAGAAAUAUGGGAAAACUGUUCAGCAAAUUGCUUUGAGAUAUUUGUACCAGCGUGGUAUUACUAGCAUACCAAAAACUCUAACUAAAACUCGUAUAGUAGAAAACGCUUCUAUAUUCGACUUUGAACUCGACGAGAACGAUGUUGCUACACUACAAAAAUUCGACAACAACUUCCGGACUGUACGUCCUACAUUCUGGCAGAAUAUGACUAAUUAUCCGUUUGAUAAAGUCGAUGUUGCCAUACCAGAAAUACCUGUCAGUUUGAGAAUUUGGAAAAAUGGCGCGAAUUUGGACAUUGAUUAAAAAAAAAACUGUUUUUGUAA